AAAUGCCGUUUCUGAAUGGAAGAAGCAUUGCAGACAGUCUGAGUCACCAGUUAGUUAAUCCAAGACAUGUGUGCGCGGCUUUCGGUAUUCCCCUCCUCCGGAAUCAUUUGGGAUUGAGGAAAGGGAAGAGCUUCUUUUUUUUUUUGGAGCCUGAUCUCUCUUAAAUGAGCUACCUACUCUUCAAUCACUUUUCACAAGCGAUAGAAAGUGCCUCACUUUACGGUACGACUGAGAGGUAGCAGAACUCGUAAAACGAAACUUGAUUCUCAAUUUGUGCGUGUCGAGGCCUCCCGAGUUCUCGCCUCCGUGCCCACGGGUCCGCCAUGAGUGUCCUGCCUCCCGUCAGGAGAGACCGGGUUAUCCCAGCCCUCCCCCAGUGCUUCUCCAAAGACGCAGCCCUGCACACCAAGGACAGCUUCCACCCCAAAGUGAAGACCGCCUGCCAGGAGCAGCGCACCGGCACAGUGGGCAGGUUUAAGAUCUCUAAGGUCAUUGUGGUUGGAGAUCUGGCAGUGGGAAAAACCUGUUUAAUUAAUAGGUUCUGUAAGGACACGUUCGACAAGAACUACAAAGCGACCAUCGGGGUGGACUUUGAGAUGGAGAGGUUCGAGGUUCUGGGCGUGCCCUUCAGCCUGCAGCUGUGGGACACGGCCGGGCAGGAGAGGUUCAAAUGCAUAGCAUCCACCUACUACAGAGGAGCACAAGCGAUCAUAAUCGUGUUUGACGUGAACGACGUGGCCUCCUUGGCGCAUGCAAAACAGUGGCUGGAGGACGCCCUGAAGGAGAAUGACCCCGCCACCGUGCUGCUCUUCCUCGUCGGGACGAAGAAAGAUUUAAGCUCCCCUGCCCAGUACUUGCUGAUCGAGCAGGAUGCCAUCACACUGGCCAAAGAGAUCAAGGCGGAAUACUGGGCAGUGUCCGCGCUAACUGGGGAGAACGUGAAGGAGUUUUUCUUCCGCGUGGCAUCGCUGACAUUUGAAGCGAACGUGCUAGCCGAGCUGGAGAAGUCGGGGUCCCGUCGGAUCGGAGAUGUAGUUCGGAUAAACAGCAGUUCCAGCAACACGUACGUGACCUCGAAGAAGAAGCAGGCGAGCUGCUGCCAGUGAAGAUGAAGACGCGGGAGCCAAAGAUCCGCUUCAAACACCCCUCAGCCCGGGAGAAUAGUCCCACCAAAGACGCGUUUUCACAGGGAACAAGUCUCUCUCACCGCUCAUAUCGUACGAACGAAUUGUUUUUCAGAGUGAAAAGUAGUCGCCAGACCCAUUUCGAUCAAAGUCAGAAAUGAUUUAGCGUUUAAAAACCUGUCUGGUGUCUGCACCCAAACCCAGUCCACUCGUCUUCAAAGUGAGACUCUUUCCGAUUCGGGUGGACUGAGUGCAUUUCAUCUUCCUUGAGAUUUUGUUCCCAGUUCUGACACUGUUGAUGAUCUCCAGGACUGACUCUGCUUCGAAAAUGGAUUAAAGUCUGUUUGAUCAUUUCAGCUGGACCUGAAAGCUGAUCAAGAGCACCAGGAAGUGGUCGGAAUUGGUCCUUCUCUCAGUAAUUAGCUUUUCCUUUGUGUCACUGCCCCAUUGACAUGUAAAUAUCAUAUGUCCUGUUUAAUCGAGAGAUUUAUGCAAAAUUAUGCAAUUAUACAAGUUACCGCUUAUGCAUGUCGAUGACAAUCACUCCUAGUAUUAAAGAAAAUACUUCAUGUUUAGGAAGAAAAAUGUUUAAUCUUCAUAUGCUGCAGGAGACCUGUAGCCCUUGUGUGGUGUUGCAUUGUAUUCCUGAUGGUUUGGUAUAUUUACAAAAUCAAGUUAAUUGUAGCCCGAGAGGAAAUAUACCUUCAGUGUACUAAAGCCUGAUUUAUUUUAUUAGGUGAUUUGUCGCAUUGUAUAAAAGAGCAUUUAUCUCGUU